AUGAAGAACUUUCUACUGGUCUUCUCACAAUCGCUGCUUGACUUCAGAUUGCCAGAAUUAGAUUCUGUAGCGAAAGCAUUAGGAUUAAACUUUAAAAGACCGAGUGAUGAUAGCGUAGAUCUCACUUCUUCUUGUUUGGUUGUAGAACUCGAGACAGACGAACAAGCGAGGUUGCUAGCGAGUAGAUGCGUCUUAAUAAAGUACAUUAUACGCCUACUCGCUGACGGUAGCACUUAUGAAGAGCUACACGAUAAUAACAAGAAAGCGGAAUAUCUCUGGGAUCAAUAUAAAGAUUCUACAUUCUCUGUAAACGUAGAGGCAGCCUAUAUAUCCCUCCCUCGAGAGAAGAGAACAGCAAUUAUAGAACAAUUCUCAUAUAUGCAACUUAGAGGUAAAGUGAGGUGUAAGAAUCCAGAAGUGCAGUUUGAAGUCUAUGAAGAGCAUAAGGCGAUAGACAAUGAUCCAGCUAUCGAUCAUUUCAAUAAACAAAGAGUACUUCAUCGUGUCUACUUUGGUACAUUCCUAGCAGACGGUCAACGCGGUCUUAUUUCUAAGUUUGAUGUAAAGAAACGAAAAUACUUCGGUAACACCUCAAUGGAAUCUGAGGUCACUGUCUUAAUGGCGAACCAAGCAUUGGCUAGGAAAGGAACACUCGUUUGGGAUCCAUUUGCAGGUACUGGUAGUAUGCUAUACCUUUGUGCCUUCUUCGGAUCUUAUGUUAUGGGAAGUGAUCUAGAUGGUCGACAAAUGCGUGGACAAGCAAAUAAGCAAAAUAAAGGUCAUCCAGAUUCUCGUUCAGGGGGUAUCAUUGCAGCGGCUAAAGAUUAUGGCGUUUUGGAUAAAUUUUUAGAUUUAUUCACUGCAGAUGUUACAAGAAUAGGAUGGAGACUUGGCGGUACCCUUGAUGCCAUAGUGACUGAUCCACCGUACGGUGUUCGUGCAGGUGCAAAACGUAUCGGUCUCAAAGAAGGAGCGAAGUCUAAAGAAAGUUACUCCAAUCAAUUGAUCCCUCCAGUACAGGAUUAUGACUUAUCACAUCUCGCAGCCGAUCUCGUCGUCAUGAGCGCCUAUCUUCUCAAGAAAGGCGGUAGACUUGUUUAUUUCCUCCCAACUGUUAAUGAAGAGUAUAAAGAAACUGAUGUGCCAACUUGUCAAGGUAUGCGUAUCAUAGCCAACUCAGUGCAAGACUUUGGAAAAUGGUCGCGAAGGUUAAUAACAAUGGAGAAAGUCGAAGACGUCGAAACAACUGAGUCACUUCAGACAAUCUUAUCAAAUCUCGAUAUUAACAAAGGAAGUGAAAACGUCUCACAUGCGAAAUUUAGAGAAAAAUUCUUCAAAGCAUUCAAAUAGAAUAGACAAAUGUGUAUUUUUAUUUAUCAUUAUCAUAUAGUUAUCUUACC